GCGGUGAAUGGGGGAAGACAAAACCAGCAGAUAGAAAAAUCAUUAUGAUCAAACAGUUGGGUAAUAGUCCACUUGUAAAGGAGGGGUGUACAGGAUGAUUAUAUUGCGAUGGUAAUUAUUUCAAUUAAUUGAAAAAAAUUCUUAGGAAUUCAAAGAUUUGAAGAUGCUGUCACGUGAUCUCCUUGAGAAUUGCCAUUUAGAGACAGUUAAGCCUCACAGAAAUCUUCUUAGUGGGGUUGAGAAGGAGCUGCUUCAAAAGGCUGCUGUUGGGCAGCUUAUCCCGUUGAGGCGAUGAAGCUUUCUUUGGAUCCUCGUUAUAGUGGUUGCGUCCCAUCAAUUGUAAAACUCUCUCCCCCACACACAAAUGUUCAAAGCUGGACUUCUCAAUUACCUGCUACUACUCUGCAUUUGUUGAUAUUUCUGACACAAAUCGUGGUAAUUCAAGCCAUCUGUGGAUUUCUUAUUCAGUGGAAUAUAUUAUGUGAAUACAUAGCUUUGAUGUGAUAAACUGCCUGCAAGCCAAUCUGGACCUGUUACUCAAUAGUGUUGUAGAGUUGUUGAAUCAUACACGGAGGAUUUCAAAUUUAAAAGGACAAAGGAGAAUAUUGAUUUGGGUGUCCAAUGGGUACAAGACCUAACGGACAAAAGCCCUCGUAUGGGGAGGCAGUUAACAUGGCUGACUCGGCCAAUACCAGCUUUGCAAGUGAUUAUGGCAACCACAAUGACUCCAAGACCCUUGUUCUCCAGGGUCAGAACCAUGUUGUGUCUAAUCAUAUUGCAGGCAACCAUGUUGUAGGCAACUUCAACAACCUUGCAGCAGAGUCCAUGAAGUCAUAUGCUUCAUCCACAACAGAGGUCUCAAUGAGACACCACAUUCCGAAGAGACGGAGACUUGUGGAGAAGAAUGGUCGCUGCAAUGUUGAGUUUGAGAGCAAGGCAAAGCACUGGCGGCUUCAAUUCUUCAAGGAUAUGUUCACAACUUCAGUGGAUAUGCCAUGGAGAUGGAACAUCAUCAUGGUAUGUCUGGGAUUUCUCAUCAGUUGGUUGGUGUUUGCUGGAAUAUAUUAUGCCAUCGCCUGGGGUAGAGGAGACUUUGAUCAGCUAGACAACUCAGAAUGGUCACCUUGCUUCCGUAACUUCUACAACUGGAAUUCAGCGUUGCUCUACAGCAUUGAGGCGCAAACGACGAUAGGUUUUGGGUUCCGUUGCCCAACGGAGCAGUGUCCGGAGGCCAUCGUGUUCCUUGUUGUCCAAGUCCUGCUUGCCAACUUCCUGGAGGCAUUCAUCAUCGGUGCCUUCAUUGCCAAAUUCUCUCGACCAAAGAUGAGAGCAAGUACCCUGCUCUUCAGCAAGACUGCCUGCAUCACCAAGCAAGAUGGAAGAAUAUGUCUUAUUUUCAGGAUAGGUGACCUACGGCAGAAAAGCCAGAUCGUUGAGGGUCAUAUCAGGUUGCAGCUGAUCAAACACCAUGUCACACAGGAAGGAGCAUGUUUUCCGUACAAAAUCUUUGAUGUGAACAUCGGCCAUGAGUUUGGCCUUGACCGCAUCUUUCUGGUGUGGCCACUCACCAUAUGCCAUGUCAUCGACAGUAAAAGUCCCCUCUAUGAGAUAUCAAGAGACAGUCUUCCUGGAGCUGAGUUUGAGAUUGUUGCCAUCCUUGAGGGUAUUGUAGAGUCCACAGGGACCACCACUCAAGCAAGGACUUCCUACCUCCCAGAUGAAAUCAUGUGGGGGUAUGAUUUUGAGAACAUCAUCUUUGAUAACGAUGGAAUGCAUUUCAUUGACUUUGAACGCUUCCAUCAUCUGACUGAGGUGCCUGCCUUUACCCAUCUAAGUCCAAAGGAAUACUAUGAAGAGGUGAGGCGGCAGAACCCAAAUGGUGAUGGACCAAUUUGGGCAGAGCGGAAGGAAAGUACCUGCAGCGCUACGACCAGUACGCCGGUCAAGAAGCAGUCUUCUUUCAGAAGAUCAAGACAGAUUGAGUUUGAGUCAAGGCUGUGACUAGACAGAGGAACUUUAUAAAAAGGAAUAUUUGAAAAAAACAGGUAAGAAUAAAACACAUUCCAUGUCAUCAAUGCUUAUUCAACAUUUAAAAUGGUAAUUGAUUUUUCUCUUCUGAUGAUUUCUACAAGAAGCAUGAGAUGAAUUUGUAGGAAGAAACUCCACAAAAACUUACUAAGAUUUAAGAAGGGGUAAAAAAAUUGAUCCAUAUUUAAUCCAUCGUUAAAAUUCAAUUUCUUUUAAUUUGAAUGAAUGGAUCAUUUUGAACCUUCAUUUCCCAGUGUCAAAUUUAUUAUGAACCAGUUAUUUCAUUGUCAUUUUUUAAAUCAAAUUAUGAAAGUGUUGAUAAGCAGAAUUACAAUCAUGAAUAUCUAUAUUACAUUUUAACUAAAAAAAAUAGAAAAAAAUAUGUUAAAAUAUCCCCUUGAUCUUCAACAAUGUUUUUCCUGUUAGGAUAGGAGCCCAAAUAAGUCGUAAAAGAAGUAAAUUUAUUAAAUACCCGUAUAUUAAUCACUUUUAUUUCUCCUGUAUAGAUAAGGGUUUAGAAUCACAAAUUAGUUUCAUGAAAUAAACAAUAAACUCAAGUAUCUUGAAAGAUGGCCUAUACUGUAAAUUGAUACAAGUAUAUGUAUGACCAUGAUCUGCAUUGAAAAGGAAUUAAUAGUACAUUAAGAGCUGAUUGGCUUAGUCACAGCUAAAUUCAUCUAGGCUUUAAUUGCCUCAGAAAAGAUUUGGGUGAGGUAAUAAGGUGUAGAGUUAAUAGUGUCUACAAUUUAAUUAGUAGUCUUAGUCUUUGAUGCAGUGAUGAAUUCUUGUAAUAAGUAGUCACACGAUCCCAGCACCAGCGCCAUUUCCAUGAAACCUAAAAUCUGCAAGUGACAACCUAUUGUUAUCAGCUACUAAAAUGGUGUAUUUUGAUUGGUCAAAAGCAAGUUUGUCAUCAAUUUCAGGAUAAUUUGUUAUUGACAUUGAUUUUGAUUGAUGAGAAUUUUCUGGAUUAAAUCCUUUGAACUGAAAAUAGAAAUCACUGAGAGUAGCUUAGGAGGUCCUGGGUUGACUGAGCUUUCUAUAGAUAUUAGAGGGCAAUAUGAAGUAAAUGAUCUUCAUUUGUUUCCAAUUAUCUUUUAGAACAUGUGAUGUUUUAUAAUUGUGUCCACUAUACGGUGUUCAAAUGUUAGGUCAAUUAAAAAAGAUAUUUUCUUCAUAUACUGUAUGUAGUAGGGUAUAUCAGCAUUGAUACAUGUACAACUGCACCAAAAAAGGAGAUAAUUAUAAAGCAAGUGAUGUUGCAAGUCUUCACUAUGUACAGAAGAUGAUAUCUAUAAAUUAUAGUUUUAAAAGAAAACAGGAAAAACAUAAAUCAUGUUGCAUAUCAAAUGAUUGUUUCUCUUAUGAAACCAAAAGCUGAUUAUAUGAUUGCAACUCUUUGAAAUGACAAAGGUGGAAUCAAUUAUCUUUUAGAACAUGUGAUGUUUUAUAAUUGUGUCCACUAUACGUGGAUCAAAUGUUAGGUCAAUUAAAAAAGAUAUUUUCUUCAUAUACUGUAUGUAGUAGGGUAUAUCAGCAUUGAUACAUGUACAACUGCACC